AUGAAGAAAUGGUUUGGGGGUCUCAUUUCUGAGGAACAGAGUGGUUUUGUUGAGGUUCGUCAAAUCUUAGAUGGAGUGGUCAUUGCUACUAAGACCAUUCACUCUAUGGCUACUUUUAAAGAAAAGGCUAUGUUUAUCAAGUUAGACAUGGCAAAGGCUUAUGAUAGGGUUCGAUGGGGUCUUCGACAGGGGGACCCUCUUUCCCUGUACUUAUUUAUCCUUCUGGCUAAGGGUCUAGGGAGAUUGAUUAAGUAUGAUGUGGGGAUGGGUAUUAUUCAUGGUUGGAGUUGGGGUAAUGAUGUUCCUCCUCUGUCUCACUUGCAAUUUGUGGAUGAUACGACACUGAUGGGAGUGUCUAGGAUUAGUGAAGCCAUAAAUUUGUCUAAAGUCUUGGAUGUCUAUGUUGUUGGUUCUGGCCAGCUGAUCAAUGAAGAAAAAUAUUCCAUCUUCUUCUUCAACACGUCGGGGCCUAUCCAGUUGAGGAUUGCUCACAUAUUGAGAUUCCAGGUUGGCUCUCUUCCUUUGACUUACCUGGGUAUUCCUAUCUCUACUGGCAAUCCUCUCAGGGAAUCUUGGCAGUGUAUUCUAGAUAAAUUUCACAUGAAGGUUGAAUAUUGGACGAAUAGAUGGUUAUCGUUUGUUGGACGGGUUCAAUUGAUCAAGUCAGUGGUUAUUUCUCUCCUGACUUAUAGGGGUAUGCUUCAAGUGGCACCAAUGUGGUUUGUGAAGGAAUUGGAUUCCUUGGCAAGGCAAUUUUUAUGGGCAGGGAACUUGUCCUCCUCUAAAUGGUGUCUUGUCAAGUGGGACUUGAGGUUCCUUGAGGCAGGGUGGUCUAGAGUUAGCGACUUUGAAAUGGAUUAUAGGUGUGGGCAAUUGGAGAUGGUGCAGUGGAAGGUGCCUGAUGAAUGGUCGGUUGUUGGUUUGGACGAAGACUGCGCUUAG